AUGCCACCAAAGACGGCCAAAAAAGCGGACCCGAAGGGUGGAAAAGCGCCAAAGAAGAAAGAAGGCGGAGGAGGUGGAAAAGCGAAGAAGAAGAAGUGGUCGAAGGGAAAAGUCAGAGAUAAACUCAACAACAUGGUGCUUUUCGAUCAAGCGACCUACGACAAACUCUACAAAGAGAUCACGACCUCCAAGCUAAUCACCCCUUCAACUGUUUCCGAACGAUUGAAAGUCCGCGCCUCGCUCGCAAAAGCUGGACUCCGGGAGCUGCAAGCGAAAGGACUAAUUAAAUGCGUCGUCAAACACGGAUCCCAAUUAGUUUUCACCAGAGCGACAAAGGCGGAUGACCCAGCAAUUGUUGAA